AUGUGGUCUAGAUUUGUUGGUCAAAUAAAGAAUGCGACCAAUGUAAGUUCCACUUCGUCACAACCUAAUGUUCCUCUUCGAUUGCCCGAAAAGCAAUUUGUAAAGAGAAGAUCUAUACAAGGUUCGCCGAAGAGUCCUAGACUUACUGAGGCUAAACGACGUUCGAGCUUACUGUUUGGUGUUAUAGACGAGGCGGUGGCUCGAGAACUAGCUAGUUCACCACGUAAAACAAUUCCUUUCGAACAACUCCAAGAAUUGCGCUCACUCUUCCAACAAUGGCAGAAUGCUUUUGAGGAAAAGGAACGAAGUAUUCUUUUAUCAAAAACUGUACGAAAAUUUUGUGAUAUAUAUGUGGAAGCACCAGAACUUGUAGCAGAUAGUUUGGAUAAUUUGAAAUCGUUUACAAAUGUCGUUUCAAAACACUUGAUUGCUGGGAUUCGUAGCGUUCCCGACACAGGACAAAGACCGGAGGCCAGUCAGGAGAUUUUACGCAAAUUAUCGUCGAGAGAACAUUUAUUCUUUUCAUUAAAAGCACUCAACAUCCUGUGCAAUGGUCCACCGUUUGUACUCGACACAAUAAAAGAGAAUGGGCUUCCAACAAUUUUAAUUAAAACCUUUAGCAGUUUUAUCGAAUUACCACUGCAACUUGAUCUCAACACGUCUAUUAAGGCACAAGCUGAGGGAAUUUCCUCAGACUUAACUCCGGUGGAUGUUGUAGCAGACAUUUUCACGGAUAUUCUCGUUCAUUUUGUUACAAAUCCGCCAAUAUUGCAACGAUUGAUUGAAGAAGACAUAUUAGUUUAUCUGGUUACGAUGAUUUUAAACGAUAAACAAAGUAAAUCUGAAGAUGAAGAAAAAGGAUUUUUCUGGGAAGCCAGAGGGCUUGAAGUGCUCACGGAGCUUUUUUCAGCGAAUGCAGUAAAUCAGGAACUCAUUACAUAUUUUGAGAAAAAAGAUAUAAUGGGUAGACUGAUCAAAAUAUUAAAAAAUGGAGUAGAUGUGGAAAAUAAGAGAUUCGUAUAUAGCCAGCAAUUGGUUCUUGCUGGUUCAUUAUUAAUUGAACUAAUACAGGGAACUGUGGAUUUGUCACCAAUUUUUUUGGAAAAUUUUUCUGAUCUGCAAGGAUACGAAACUUUAUUCAAUUUAUUACUUUUGCCACCUUUUGAUGAGAAUUCUUCUUCUACAAAGGAUACCGUAAUUACCUUGGUAGAGGAUCUUGUAUUUGCCGGAACAGACAAUUUAAAGUCCAUGGCCUCUAAUGCAGCGCCGUAUCAACAUGAAGAUUUCCGGUUACCUGAAGAAGACAAUGAAAAUGGGACCCUCGUUCGUAACGAACAAGCUUUACAGAUUUUGGUUUCCGCGCUUGUAUACCCAGAAAUAUCAUCACAAUUAAAAGCCAUAGUCACAGUUAACAGCGGCUUAUCAAUGCCCGAAAGUUUUCAUAAACGCAUAGUCGUUGCUAUCACUGAUAUAAUAAAGUCAAAUCCAAUGAAUUACUUUAUUACGGAAUCAUUAAAUAUCCUACCUACAUUUAUCGAACAAUUGGACAAAUUUGGAGUAAAUGUACAGAAAUCAAUACUCGACUUGUUAGUUUUUACAAUGGCAGAUUUAAAUUAUGUUCCGUUUCGCGAAUUAAUUGUCCUCAGCCUGCAUUUCCAAGGGCAAUCAUCUAAGCAAACUACUGCUCUCGUAUGUAAGACUGUAAUAUCAUUAUUGCGCUCUUCACCCAAAUUCAAGGAUGUGUUUCGCGAGAUUGGGCUUUUGAACAUGUUAUGUAGUCUUAUACAAGAUUUAGCAACCGCCUUGCAAGAAAGGUUCGGCAAUACACACUUUGUAAGGCGAAUUUCAAUUACGCAGUUGAAUGAUAUUCUGAAUUCACAAAAACGCGGUAACGACCAAAAAAAACUACGAUUUGGUCCCGAAGUGGUAGAAAAUUUUCAAUUGAUAUCCGCUUGCAUGGUAGAGCUGCUAAAAGGCAGCAAAUCAAAUAUUUCUUUGUUUGGAGUGACUUUCAAAGGAAAUUUGUUUGACUUGUUGCAGUACGACGAGACGCGUGAUGGCGCACUUGCAAUUUUCGAGACAUUAGUUGUAGAUGGAUAUAUUUUAUCGAGUAACGAACCACAAACUCCAAAGUCACAUAGAUCAUCAUCUUCCUCUGUGUCUACUAUUGAACAUUCAUUCCAAUUUGGACGAUUAAUUGAAAUAGUUCAGACAUUAUCUCGACUGGAUCUAAAAAUGAAAAUCCAUAUUCUAUCAUCAAUGAGGCGAAUCUUAGUCGCCUGUCCAGAAAUGAAGGAUGUUUUUCGAGAAGCGGGAGGUUUUGUCUGUCUUGUUAGUUUAUUAAUCAGCUUAGAAGACGUUUAUGAACAUUUAUCCAAACAAGAUAAUAAUCACACAAUCAAAGAACAGGAACAAUCGGGAGCUAUUAUUGAUCUUGAAAAUGGUGACCUUCAACAUCAAACAAUUGAGAUUUUGAAGGGGAUUUUCUUUGUCUUUGUCGAUGCAAUGUCCAAUCAUGAUUUUAAUCGAAGAUUCUUUAGUAAUUCCAUUGGAUUCAAAUCAGUUGAAGAUGCAAUUCGUCUCACCGAAAUUCUUGGGCCAUCAGGCUCCGCUGAGCAUCUUUUUGGCAUUCUAUUUGGAUUUGCACUCGAAGAUGAAUCAGUGUGUGACAUAUUUGUAGAAAAAUGUGUUGUGAAUGAUAGUCAACCGUCAAAAUUCAAUGAAGCACAUCAAUUAAAAAUUAAUAAAGCUUUCGGAAAAGUGAUCGAUGAAAUUCGAAAUCCAGGUGUAAUCCCUACUAUCUUGCACCUACAAACUUAUGUUCGUUAUAACGAAACAUUAAGUUAUGAAAUUUACGAGGCAUUAAUAUCCCUUGCUUUUGCUAAUCGGCGAAAUCAAGUAACAAUGAAUCAAUCAGGUGUAGUUGAGAUUUUAUUGAGACGUUUAUUUUCAAUCCCAGAAUCUGUAAGCGAAAGUGAACUGGAAUUACGAAAUAUACCGGAUAAAAUGGAGAAGCGAACGUUGACAAGACUUGCACAACGAUUGAUUGAAAUGGGGGUAUCUACCACCGAGAUUCGUUUCCUUUUCGAACAAUUUGAAAAUAGUAAUGAAACAUCUGAAGAAGUUUUCAUAGAUGCUGAUGGGUCACCGAUGUCUGUCAUGGACAUGGUUUUCUUUGGAGUACAAAGAAGUCGUUGGCCGCGUUUCGUACAAUUUGAUAUGAGUCCUUAUGGGUUUUCGUGUCUGGAAAUGAGCAGACUCACUGAUCGACAAUUUCCUCCAACUAGUUCAGGAUAUACUUUUCUAGCCUGGCUUGAUAUCGAAAGCUUUGAUCCUCAUAUUAAUUUGACACUUCUGGGUUUGAGUGAUGAUGAACAGAGGUGUUAUUUACAUGUUUAUAUUGAAGCACAUACGCAUAAAUUGGUAGUAAAUACAUCACCUAAACAAGGUGCUCGAUUCGAUAAUCAUGAAUUUCGAACUGGAUGUUGGUAUCACAUUGCACUUGUUCAUCAUCGUCCACGUGCUGGAUCGAUAUCUUCAAUGUCUCUUUACGUUGACGGAAGAUUUGUUGAAAAUUCAAAAUGUCAGUACUUAGGACAGCCUACACCAAAUAAACCAAUCCGAACAUUUUUAGGAACGCCUUCUGAUGUCGCAAGACAAUUGGGCAAAGGUAAAUCGACUCUAGCAUGGGAUCUUGGACCAUGCUAUCUAUUCGAGGAUGAUAUCGACGGAGAUAUUAUCAGUGUAUUUUAUCAUUUAGGCCCUAGAUAUUCAUCUAAUUUUCAAGAUUCAUUGGGACAAUUUCAAACUUAUCAGACAUCAACACUUUUAAAUAUGAAACUUGAUGCGAUGAGCCGUAAACGCAAAGAUGCUAAUAUAGAGCUUGAUCAUUUGGCGAUGGUGAAUGCUAUCAGAGGAAACAAUAGUCAAACCCUUCCCGAGGAAAAAAUUAUUUUUUCAUUUUCCGCAAGUAACGUUCUCGUGUCGGGACAGAACGUUAGUAUUUUAGGAUCCGGUCUUUCUGAAGGUACUAUACAAGCGCUGGAAAUCGGAUCAGCAAAUAAAAAAGUCAUUCUCAAUGCAGCAGUUCCUAAAGUGGAACGAGCUUUACGAGUAGCACAUGGAUUGGCGUAUCUUAAAGGUGAUCCGAUUAUCGCUAUUCCUUAUGGAAUGGACGAUUCCAUUUGGAAGAUUGGUGGAUCCGCUGUUGUAUUGAGAUUGAUUGAAAAGGCCGAGACUACAAAAGAUCUCUACAAAGCCGUUUGUACACUUAUCGAGUUGAUUCGAUUUAGUUGGAGGAAUUCCGAAGAUAUGGAACGAAUUCAUGGAUAUGAAAUCUUGGCAUUUUUAUUAAAACAAAAACACGAGCUUUUAUCAUUGGAACUAUUGAAUUUGUUGCUCGUGUUUGUUGGAUUUAACCCGAUCAGUCCAACUGAUUCGGUAAUCGUGAAUCCUCUUGCAUACCGCUUUCUUAUUUUGGAUUUUGAACUGUGGAAACGUGCUGGGGAAACUGUGCAGCGUGCACAUUUGCAGCAAUUUACAGCUUUUAUUCAUUUAAGCUUACAUCACCAUUUCAAUGCUAAGCGAUUGAGUAAAAUGCGUAUCCUUGACAUCAAAUUAUACAUCAUUUCUGAUGUUGUUAAAAAAAUGUUGGUCGCCUUAAAAACUAAUGCGUACUCUAAAGACUUGUUGGCCGAGUUUAUAGCCACUUUAAAGAUAGUGGUAAAAUAUAAUUUCACAACCGAAGUAAUACGAGCCAUUGCCACAUUUUUGGUGUCUACUUUGAAUAAGCCUUCAGGACUUCAUCGGCGACAAACGCAUGUAAGAACAUUACCUCCUGAUACAUCUUCUAGACAGGUUGGCGUAAUGUUGAUGGAAAUGCUAACGGACAUUGUCUGCGACAAAUUGAAUCCUUUUUACAUUAACAAAUUCUCGACGACCAUCACAAACAAAUGGCCAUUAUUAUUUUUUGGUGAAGAUUCAAAUCCAUCAUGGGUUGUUUGUGCUGCGCGAAUUCUCGCGAGACUUUUCCAUUCUCAAGGGUCAAAUUACAUUACAAAGUUCCGCACGACUUCCGAAGGAUUCAUUGUUAUGCAAAAAUUGCUCCCACAAUGGUGGUAUUUAACGCAAUUGCAACAAGCAUUAUUUGCGAUGCUGUUUGGUCGAGAUAUUUGCGAUGUGCCUAUGGACUUGGCUUUUGAUCUAUUUGCGCUAUUAACUAUAUAUAAAGGACAGAAUGAACGUAUUUACAUACAAUGUCCUGAUGUGAUGCCAAUUAUUUUGUUCAUGAUGAAGGAAGGGAUUAGCGCAAUUGUACAAUUAAGUCGUGAAAUCGAAGAUAAUACACUAACUCGAGGUAGGACACAAGACGAUUCGUUGCUACAAACGGACAAAAGACGGCUAAAAUCAUAUCGCCGAAAAUCACGAUCACUCACUCGUGAAUUGGAAUUGGCAAGAAAUCUAAUGUCAGAUUUGAUCGCAGCUGAGCCAGCCCAGGAUGCAACAAAAGAACAGCUUGCAAAACUCUCUCAAAUACAACAAACACUUGUUCAUUUUAUUGCAGAAAUGUACUCCACAUCUAGUGAAUUUGGUGAACUUUGUUGCAAAAGUGAAGUGAUGGAUAAUAUCGUCGAAAUUCUAUUUCCCAUCGUAUGCGCCUCCAAUGAGGUGUCUGUGGAAACGGAAUUAAAUUCAAAAGAUAUUGAUCUCUCUUUUGAUUCAGAAUCAUCUUUUGACGUGCACUUGGGAAAUAUUAAUCCUCAUGGUUUGCCAAUCCUUACCAAUAUGAAACUACAGAAAAUUCAUAUUGAUGAGCCAGCUGAAGAAUUGAAGUCUUUUCCGACAGGAAGUGUCUCUUCAAUAUCUCGGACUCCUCUUAAAAACUCAAAGAAAUCAGAAUACGCAAUACAAAAGAAUGCCACUGUGGAAAGUCUUCUUGAAUUUGUAAUUUCUGUUUCUGCUAAUUCUGUCGUAGAUGCAAAUGUCAAAUCACUAUUAGGAUUAGAGAUGGUAUUAAGGUCGUUUCCACCAUCUUUAUUGGAUCAUCAGAUCCACUUCGAGAGCUAUAUAUAUUUACAUGUGGUGGCAUAUCUAAAAAGUACCUUACAACUUGAUUUGAAUUUAUUGGCGGAUCAACGUAUUUUCGUUAAUACUGCACGAUUUGCUCAACACGCUGUCGAUGCAAUUUAUCAAGGAUGGUUUUUAAAUGGGCGAAAUCAACUAUAUGAACUUAUUACCAUUGUUCUCGAAGCCACGCAACGGCAAGAAGAAGCCAAUGGUAAACAACGCGCAUCUGAUUCAACUAUGAACAUUCUUUACCGCUCAUUGAAUCGAAUAAUCGUUUUUAAGCUCUACGAGAUUAGUCAAAUAUCACCAGAGGUCUCAAUGAUUUGGAAGUUGUUGAUGCUUCAGAAACCGAAUGAAAUGAACACCAUUUUGAAAACUAGGGUUCGGGGAAUAGAAUAUAAGGAAUUAGUCGAAGGAUUCUCUAAACUUUUGGAAAUGGAAAUAGAUUCAUUCCUUGAAUGGAUAGAAACUCGCCGAGAACAACUCGACUCCCUAUUUCAAGAUCAUUUCCUCCGACUAUGGGAAACAGUAAUUGCCAGCGAAGUAAGAAACGGCAAAGAAUCAUUAAAAAACGCACACUCUAAACGAAUGACCAAGCUUAAACGCGUAUACAAACGAGGAACAUUCGAGCAAGAUUUCUUUGAUCAAUACAAGGUCAAAACAAAUCAAUGGUCUAAACAUAUACAAGAUAUUGAGAUAAGUAGAUAUUAUAAGUCGUUGCAGGAUAACGUGGAUCAUGAUAAUUAUGUGCGAGCGGAAUGGGCGAAAACUUCGGUAGAUUUGUUUCGUGAGCGUGCUUUGUGGGGGCCGAAAAGCGAAGUUGAUAAGACCAGUAGAUGGAGGCUUGAUUUUACGGAAGGACGUUGUCGUAUGCGAAGAAAAUUGGAAAGAAAUGAAGACUUGCAAGUCUUUUCUUAUAAGCCAAAAAGCAGUAAAUAUGAAAAUACGGAGAAUAAUAAUUCUGUUACAACACCUCCAGAAUUAAAUAAUCUCAGUAAAUCAGAUACAUUGAAUGUUCCCUCAGUCGGGUUAAAAGUGAGGAAGCCUAAAAAACAAAUGACGUUAAAACCAGGAGAAACCGAAAUGAAAAUGCCAGAAGAUUCUGAAGAUACCGGCCAAGAUGUCGAUGAUCAAAUCGAUGUAGAUGAUGAGAUGGCUUUCGAGGAAGACAAAAAUCGAAAGGUUAUACGUUCAUUGGAACAUGGUGAUACUGUUUUGGAGAUUUUCAAUAUUAGUCGAAUUAUGGGAUUAGACGCGUGUGAGGGACUCUUAUUACUAUGCAAACAGAAUUUAUAUCUAUUGGAUAAUUAUUUUCAACGUUCCGACGGCGAAAUUGUGGAUAUUUGGGAUGCACCAGUCAAGGAACGCGAUCAAUAUUUGCAAAUGCUUGCUUCGCAUGCUAGCUAUGGUACGCAGAACCCUAAUCCAAGUUCUGGAAAUAAACACAAAAGCAGGAAAUGGGCUUUCGAGGAUAUAAAAGAAGUUCAUAAAAGGAAAUUCUUAUUUCGUGAUGUUGCCCUCGAACUCUUCUUCAGCGAUGGGCGUAAUUAUUUAAUUACAUUCAACCUAAAAGAAAGAGAUUCCGCUUACAAUAAAUUAGUUGCGAGGGCCACGUUUUCCAUAAGUGCCGCAGAGUCAGUAAUGGGAAUGGGCACUGCUGCUACAAUCGAUGGAAAAUCACCUGUUUCACCAUUACGACUUAAUCCUGCCGCCGGUUUAGCACUUCAACUUUCUAAUUUUUUCGGAAAUUCAGAGUUAACUGAACUUACUCAACGUUGGGAGAAGCGAGAAAUUUCUAACUUUCAGUAUUUGAUGCAUUUAAAUACUUUGGCUGGUCGAUCUUAUAACGAUCUUACGCAGUAUCCAGUGUUUCCUUGGAUUUUGGCGGAUUAUACUAGCGAAGAACUUGAUUUAACAAAUCCAGCAACGUUUCGUGAUUUUUCAAAACCCAUGGGCGCACAGACUCAAGAACGACAAAAGGAAUUUCAAAUCCGAUAUCGUUCAUGGGAUCCUGUAAUCAAUGCAACAACACCAGCAUUUCAUUAUGGAACACAUUAUUCUUCGGCUAUGAUUGUUUGCUCAUAUCUGAUCAGACUUGAACCAUUCACGCAGCAAUAUUUGAAACUUCAGGGCGGUCAUUUUGAUCAUGCAGAUCGUCUUUUUCACUCUAUAUCUAAAGCUUGGCUAUCGGCUUCUCGAGAAAACAUGAGCGAUGUUCGAGAAUUGAUACCAGAGUUCUUUUAUUUACCAGAGUUUUUGGAGAACAUAAAUAAGUUCAAUUUUGGGGUUAAACAAGCAAGUGGUGAAGUUAUCGACUCGGUCAUUCUUCCACCUUGGGCUAAAGGUGAUCCAAAAAUUUUUAUUCACAAACACCGAGAAGCACUAGAGUGUGAAUUUGUAAGCGCGCAUCUCCAUGAAUGGAUCGAUCUUGUCUUUGGAUAUAAGCAGCAAGGACCAGCAGCUAUUGAGGCCGUCAACGUUUUUCAUCAUCUUUCUUAUGAGGGGGCUAUUGAUCUGGAUGCUAUAACAGACCCGGUUGAGCGAUCAGCCUCCACAGGCAUUAUAUAUAAUUUUGGACAAACUCCACGUCAGCUAUUCACAAAACCGCAUUCAGUGAGAUCUGAAGUUCAAGAAUCAAAUUCUGGUUCCUUAUUCAAAUUUGACGAGAGUAUUGAUACGCUUGUUCAAUCAGUAAUGCCAAUACAAGCGAAUGAUCGUUUGCACGUAGUUAGUACUCAGAAAUUACUAGUUCCCCCGAAUUAUACACAUUAUGUUGAAUGGGGCUAUGCUGAUCACAGUCUUCGUUUUCAUCAAUUUGACACAAGAAAGAUGAUUGGCUUAUAUGAAAGUUUGCAUUUGGAAACAAUCAGUUGUGCCCGUUUUGCUGAUGCGCGGACUUUUAUAACAGGAGGAACUGACGCUGUUGUUUGUAUAUGGCGAUUUAUAUGGCACGCAAAAGACCCACAAUUCCGCUUCAUGGAGUGUUUGCGUGGGCAUUCUGCCAAAAUUAAUUGCUUAACAACUUCAAGGUCUUACAGCGUUAUUAUCAGUGGCUCAGAUGAUAAAACUUGUAUUAUUUGGGACAUGAAUAGGAUGAAAUAUGUUCGACAAUUGGAAGGUCACGAAGCACCUAUACAGUAUGUAUCUAUAAAUGAGACCACAGGUGAUAUUGCCACAUGCUGCGGUCCCACAAUACGGUUAUGGAGUAUAAAUGGCGAUCUUUUAAUAACAAAAUCCGCUGUGGACCCUGUUCUUUGUUGUGUAUUUUACGAAGGAAAAUUAAACGAAUGGUUUGAGAGUGAUGUAGUAUUAACAGGUCACAAAAAAGGUGUCGUAAAGGUUUGGAAUAAAACAUACUGCGAGAAAGUGGAUGGCGAAAAAAAAGUAUGGAAAUGGUGUCUUAAUCAUCGUCAUACACUGAGACACGAAAACAGGAUCGGUGUAAAAUUCUCAGCGGAUAUUGUUGCAUUGUUUAUAUCAGCCAAUCAACGUGCCCUUUAUUGUGGUGAUUCAAUUGGUAAAGUACAUGCUUGGGUCCUACCAGACACUAAGAGUGAUCUCCAUUGGAUGCCAGAUAGCUCCACCGACUAUUGCUUAAAAUGCGGUCUUAAAUUUGCCGUAUUAGAACGAAAACUUCAUUGCAAGACUUGCGGUGGAAUCUUUUGCCUGAGUUGCACGUUCACUGGAAUCGAUAAAAGUGCACGAUUUUGUGAACGCUGUUCUUUGAAAUUAGGCAUACCUGUUGUGCAGUAA